UUCCAUCCUGAAUUUACAGGAAAGGCCACCACCUGCAAUUCUGGAAAGUGCUCUUGUAAGAGGACUAGAAGCCAGAGCUCCAGGCUAGCAUCAACUGACUUCCUCUUUGGACAUCCUGUCUCAUGCAUUGUCAUAAAUCCUCUCCAGCAUGAGGUGGGAGGGAAAGAGGCAAGCCAGAGGACCCUUGUUAGCAGAGGUGUUCCUGCAGGGACAUUUUGGUAUCCAGGAAAUUGGGAAGUUCAAAGCCCUUCCCCACCUUCCAGGAAGGACUAACCAUGACCUGAGUGCUUCAGGAUCCAUGCAUCCACCCCCAAUCACCAUUUAUUCUCAAGGCAGUUGCUAUGGAUACGGAGAUCUCAGGAUAUGACUUUAAUCUCUUGGCCCUAUCUCUCAUCUACCUGUGACAGUUGCCAUCUUUCAUAAUAGUAUUACGAAGGCCCCAGGAAGAAUGGACAAACAGGAAAUGUAGUGGACAGUGAAAAGUGUCAGAGUGAUUGCAAUACCUUGCACAAUUUAGAUCGCUAUUGGGAGAGACCUAGCUAGGUCUUCAGUGGGAAGAUAAUGAGGCUGAGACCAGUAAUGAGGAAGUCACUAAGUCAAUGUUCACCAUCAGAUCUGGGGGCCAUGCUUCUUCUUGGCUUUCUCCUCUUGCUUCAGCUGGAUUCUAUGAAGGCCAUGAAUGAGUCUUCAUUUCAAGAGAAGGAAAACAUUUUUUGCUCUGAAGAAAAUCCACCUCAGUCUACAUAUGGAGCUAAUCGCUGCUUUACUUUGUGUAACAGAAGUUCUCCAGAGUGUAAUUCCAAGGUGAUUGAGAGCUACUGGAUCAAGAUAGAAGAAGAAUUGGCUAAAAAAGAAACAAUACAGCCUUUACUGGUUGAGUCCAUGGUGUCGGCCACUGUCCACAUUGUCCAUACCAGUGUUUUUCAAGAUGUCUCCUUCUCCUUUUCACCAUCUCAGAUGACAGUCCUACCAAGUGAAAAUGAGAAGAAAGCACCUGAUAGAGUCCGGCUCCCCAGAAGCCUAUUUGAAAGACUGAGGCCAGUAAUGAGUUCCGUCCGAGUUGUCUUGAUGGUCAUCAACAUUGGAGAGGGGGACAUAUUCAAGGGCCAGCAGCGUGGCAGCUCUGUGCUAGACAAUCGUAUAGUAGGCAUUCGGGUUGGAAGUGAGCCUGUCAGAGAUCUGGCAGAACGCGUGGAGAUCACCUUCUCCCAUGAGCCGCAGGUCCAGAAUCUCCAGUGUGCUUUCUGGGAUGCCAAUAAAGGUGGAGACUGGAAAUCCACAGGUUGUUCCACAGAGCAAAAGAUCAACCAGACCAUCUGUCUCUGUGACCACCUGACCUUCUUUGCCCUAUUGCUGAAUCCCAUUGAUGCCUCCACAGAGAAGACUCUGAUCCAAAUCUCUCUUGCCGGGUGUAGCACCUCCCUGUGCUUCCUAAUCCUCACCAUAAUCCUCUAUUUUGCCCUGAGGUUCACAAGGCAGAAAUUCAAGUCAGAAGAUGCUCCCAAAAUCCAUGUGGCCCUCAGCAUCAGCUUGGUCCUUCUGAAUCUUACCUUCAUCAUCAGCAUCAGACAUCAGUCCACGGAACAAGGAACCUCCUGCCAAGCACAGGGAGGUGUUUUGCAUUUCUUCCUGCUCUGUUGUUUCACCUGGAUGGGCAUCGAGGCCUUUCACCUGUACCUGCUGGCAAUCAAAAUUUUCAACAUAUAUAUAAGCUACUACUUCCAAAAGCUGUGCCUGGUGGGCUGGGGAUUUCCCAUAUUAGUGGUCCUCAUCACAGAAAGCACUGGCAGCUACGGGCAAUACACCAAUGAGGAAAAGUCUAACAGUACCCACUUGAAGCUGUGCUGGAUAGAGAACAGAACAGCCUUGUACAUCACAGUCCAUGGCUACUUUGCUGUUACAUUCCUCUUUGGUGCUGUGGUCUUGAGCUUGGUAGCCUGGAAGAUUUUCCACCUCCGUGGCUCUAGGGCAGGCAAGGAACAGAACCAGACCUGGAAGGGCAUUCUCACAGUACUUGGCCUCUCUUGUUUGGUGGGAGGAACAUGGGGGCUGGUCCUCCUCACCCCGAUUGGUCUGACCACUGUCUACAUCUUCACUCUGCUCAACUCUCUCCAAGGUGUUUUCAUCUUCAUCUGGUUUGCCAUCCUUUACUACCCAAGCCUUAUAGAGGAGUCUUCUUCCAGUACUGUGAAAACAAACCACAGCAACUCUGCAUCCCGGGAGUAGGCAGAUUCAUGUCUCUUUCUACGCUGAUGUCAAGAAGAACUGAUACUAACUGGUGGAUGUGGUAGCUGAGGGGUGAUCCAGGACUCAGUAAUAAAUACUAGCCCCACCUUAGACUUCCUAACCCUAGCUCAGUCAAGUUCAGUUUGAUUCUCCUCCAAAUGAGAAAGGGACCCUGGCAAUGGUGGAGUGGCCAACUCCAAAAAUGGUGAAAUUAAUGAGGUUUUGAAGACUGGGCCUGGCAUUCUCAUCCUAUCUCCUUAUUAUUCCUUUCCACCACCCCAAGACCCACCAAUUUUGACUACUAUCCAGAGAUCUCCCUCAAAGAAUCUUGGAUCUUGGAGGAGUCUUACUGAUCAUCAAUACUCUAAAGGUUCUUGGACUUCUUCGUGUCAUGGAUCUUUCUGGUUUUUUUCUGGUAGAACCUAUGGACUCUUUCACAGAAUAACAUUAUUAAAUGUAUAAAUAAAAUAUGUU